AUGGCAAGCCCUUGGCAGGACUGGCAGUUCUCAUCAUUUUUUGGUACUGAAUCCAGAGUGAAACAGCAGGAACUUAAGACAAAGAGACAAACCAUGGAUUCAGUAUUUGUGCCUGAAAAUGGCUACCUUGAUUUACUGCACAGUGAUAUUGAUCCAUUGCAUCUGUGUACUUUCUUCGAUCCUAAGUCAUCUGGAGAUGAAGAAGGUGACUUCUCUACAGAUCUUGAAGUUGAUGACAGCAACUAUGAACAGUUAAAUAAUGUGGAUUUCCCAUAUGAAAAUGGAGAUGGCUUCUACCCCUGUUCCAACACCAUGGAUGCUUAUGCUAAAAUAGCUGAAUUAGUAGAAUAUGUGCUCAAGGAUCAGCAGGAGAAGCAGGUCGAAGACAUUUUUGCAGGGAACCUUAUUUUGGAUGACAUUGCUGCUGAAAACACUGAGAAAUUUCCUGACAUAAAGAUGCAGACAUGUCUUAAACGAACUUUCUUAGGCUCUGCAGCAGAGGGUUACUGUGAUGUUUCAGAACCCAAAUAUAAGAAAAUUGCAGAAGCCCCUGCAGCGUCUGCAGGGAAUGGCAGUUUCUUUGCUAUGCCUCUCAACAGCCACCCAGUGAGCUGCACCUCCCUAACUAACCAGCACAUGUCCUUUUCUGCUCCUGCUGCCCAUGGGCUGGAAAGAAACCUCAUAAUUCCUGGAUUGUCAGGACCUUUCACCUCAGAGUGUCUACCAGCCAGUGUAAAGGAGUACCAAGAGAAUCAAAACUUGGCAAGUCCUCCUCAGCAGAUAUUUAACUUAGUUCUUGAAAAUAGCACAUCUGAUGUUGUAGUAUAUCCAGUGCUGGCAUCUUCUAUGGAAACAUUCAUGUCUCCAAGUUUUCCAGUUAAUUUAUGUGAUUUAGAGACAUUUCAAGAAGUUCAAGAUUCCGUAAUUCCUUCUGAAGAACCUUUCAAAAGACCAGAGCAAGUGGAAACCUUCUGUUCGUCACUUAAAGAUUAUUUCCGAGACACGUGCAAAUCUGUGACCAUGGAGCGGGAAGUAAAUCUGGAUCACCUGUUUAUUGAUGGGACACUUGUUCAAACUCAAACUGAAACAAAGACUGGAAAGAAUAAUGCAAAAGCAAUGGAAAAGGAGCUGGUAACCUGCAGCCUGCAAGAGAAGGAAAAGACAGUCAUUGAUAGAAGCCAAGUAUUUCAAAUCCCACAACGUAAAGACUUAGAGACUAAAGUGAUUGUGGUGCUGGGUAAAGCAGGAAUGGGCAAAAGCAUUCUGGUUCAGAAGAUCUGCCAGGACUGGUCCAGUGGAGAGUUUUCUCAGUUUGAAUUUGUAUUUUGGUUUGACUGCAAACAAAUAAGCUUGCCUGAGAAACGAUACAGCCUGAAGGAGCUGCUGCUUGAAUUUUUCGUAAAACCUCAAGAGGGAAGCAAAGAGAUCUUUGAGUAUAUAUUGCAAAAUCCUGCUAAAGUCCUUCUGAUUUUUGAUGGUUUUAAAGGAUUGCAUGAUCAUGAGAAUUUUCCUCGUUGCUCAGCCAGCCAGCCUGAAAAGGAUUUGUGCAGUAUAAAGGAGCUGCUUUCAGGACUCAUCCAAAAGAAGUUACUCAAUGGUUGUACUUUAUUAUUUACAGCAAGACCAAAAGACAAACUGUACCAGUAUGCAUCCAAAGUGGAUAAGACUAUUGAAAUAGUAGGAUUUUCCUCUCAACAGAGAGAAUUGUACAUAACCAAAUAUUUUGAAGAAUCACCCUACUGUGAUAGUGCACUGAAAUUAAUCAAAGAGUGUGAAUACUUGUUCAGUCAUUGUUACAGCCCUGUUAUGUGUAGAUUUGUUUGUUUUCUCUGUGAGGCAGUGCUUGAAAUGGGAGAGAAAUGUCUUCCUUCAACUCUUACUGAAGUCUUCCUGAAAUUUUUUAAGCAGAAGAUAAUGCUUAUGCAAACAGAUGUUACAACCACACAAAAUCAAGAGAGUCUUGCUACCCUAGCCCGUAUAGCCUGGUGUCUUGGAGAAAAGCACCAAAGUGCCAUGAAAAGUGAUUUUCUUCCUUCUAAGGAAGUUAAAGAGUUUGCUCUGAAGUAUGGGUUUGUCCUGCCAUUUGCAUUUCCCAGACAUUCAGAUAGUGAAGAAGAGGAAUUUGGGAUCACAUUCUCUGAUUUUGUCAUUCAGAAUUUCUUGUGUGCACUCCACCUUCUGUUAGCAGAAGGACUCAAGGAUAAAAAUCUAACAAAGUACCUGUCUUUUCUAUCCAAGAAGAAAAAACCUUAUAACUGGUUAGAUUUGAUGCCUCGAUUUUUGGUUGGUUUGAUGUUUCUCCAGGAUGACCUCUAUUUGUACUCUCUUUCAAAUGUGGAUGCAAAACAGUCAACCAAGAAACAGAAGACACUCUUGAAAUACAUUAGAAGGCUGCAGAUUAAUACUCUCUGUCCAGAGAGGUUGCUGGAGCUUUUUCGUUGUGUUUAUGAAACACAGAACAAUUACCUUCUGCAGCAUGUGGCCUUAAGACUCGAACCAGACUUGUCUUUUCUGGGCAUAGUUCUUACACCACCUGAUGUCCAUGUACUGCUCUCUAUUUUGAAAAGGUCAAGAAAAGAGUUUUCCUUGGAUUUGCGAAACAGCAACAUUGACUUGCAAGGGCUGCAAGCGUUGGUCAGCCUAAGGAAUGUGACAUCGUUCAGGGCUUCCCUCAGUGACACAGUCAGGCUUUGGAAAUCUUUAGAACAGACAAAAGAAUAUGAACUGCUGAAAGCAUCCACAGAAAAAUUUGUUCUUGAUCCCUUUAAGGCAAAGACAAUGAAGGACAUCAGUGACCUCUCCGACCUUGUAGAGAUGCAGAAGAUGAUGAAUUGUGUUCAAGAAGCAUCUGGUUGCACCAGCUAUGAAAUUCCUGCCAUUAGAAACCUCAGAAAACUCGAAUUUGCGCUGGGUCCAGCAUGUGGCCUCCAAGGAUUGCUAAAACUCGUGAAAAUUCUUGCAGCAUUUCCAUCACUUCAGCAUUUAGACCUUGAUGCUCUGAGUGAAAAUGGCAUAGGAGAUGAAGGAGCAAAGAGUCUAUCUGAAGUCUUUCCAACCCUGACAUCACUGGAAACAUUAAAUUUAUCACAGAAUAAAAUAACAGAUCUGGGUGCAGAGAACCUUGCUACAGCUCUCCCUUCCUUGUCUUCCUUAAAAACACUAAGCUUGUACAAUAAUAACAUUUGUGAUUUUGGAGCAGAAAAUCUGGCAAAGGCUCUUCCUGCAAUGACAUCUUUAAGAGUGCUAGAUGUUCAGUAUAACAAAAUAACUGGUGUUGGAGCCCAGCAGCUGACAGACAGCCUACGAAAAUGUCCCCAUAUAAAGAACUUGGUGAUGUGGAAUCCCACCAUUCCCUAUGGAAUUCUUGAACACCUUCACCAGCUGGACUCCAGGAUCAGUGUGUAAAUUCAUAGGAUUCCAAAGAGGUGUCAUAAAGAAGAGGGGAAGGUGUCUUCUGUGCUGUCCUGUCUUCUUGCUGCUUUAUGAAUCAAUGUUUUCAUGUUUGUUGCAAAAAUAUCACAUUUAAGUUUCUAAGCUAUGCUAAAAUGGGGUGAAUGAUAGAGUUUUAAAAUGCUAUUGAAACACCCAACUGUAUUUCUACUUAAGUGGUAGAAGAGUCAAGUUUCAAAGAUGAAAAGAGCAUCUGGAUACUGUGACCACCAUUAAAAGAGACCAGGAACCACCAGGAUAUUGUGAGUAUAAAAUUCCAUCAUUGAGUCAUGGAAGUGUAAACUGAAAGCUGCUUAAAUUGCAACAUCUGAAGCACUGACAGAUCAAAUCUGAUUGUUUGUUUCAUGGUGCCAGAGGUACCUGCCAUCAGAUUUGGUCUGAUGAUUUUGGACUUUCAAAGAUCAAAGUUACAGAUUUCACCUAUCUGUAUGGACUGAUUGGAAGCACUAGGGUGAGGAGCAUAGAAAAGAAUCAUCGAGCCCUAGAAAAUGUUCUGAUAUUAUAAGAUUAUCCACAAGAAUCUAAAAGUUGCUCUUUUCUUCAAAAUAAUCAGUGAAUCUAGAAAUUGCUCUUUUCUUCACUAGUAAUCAGUGCUGCCUUAAGGGACAGAAACAUAUCUUCUAUGACUUGUUACAGAAUCUGUCAAAAAGAUUGGGGGGGGAACAAAGAAGAGAAGAAUUGAAAGUGAAAACUAUGAAAUAUUUUUCUAACAUUAUUGUAGAAAUCCAAAUGGAUAAAAAUAGCCAGUUUAUUGCACACAAAUCCUCAAACAAUCUUGGAAGGUUUUUACUUUGUCUCAAAUGAGAACUUUAAAAUCAUAUAACUGGAUUGGUAAUUUCUUAAAUGCAGCUGGCAGCAUAAAUGUUUACAAGCACAAAUUUUAUACUUGACAGUGAUAUCACUACUGUGUGUGGUUUAUGUGACCUUCUGGUACAGAGUUAUGAGUAACCAGGCAAUCAGACAAAAGCACAUCUCAAAGCACCAUCAUGUCUUUGCUGCUGGUCUCAGUCAUAUGUGGGCCAGAUAUGCAUCCUGCUGAGUGCAACAGCAAAUCAAUUGUCUCUUUUAUUCUUUUAUUUCUGCUCUGUGAACAUGAAGAGAACUUAAAAUUGUGCAGAGGCAAUUGUCAGGUCAGGAGCACCAUUCUGGCUUCCUGUCCAGAUACAGUCUGAGACAGAACCACAAAAAGGGAUGGAAAAACCUAGGAAUGCUCAAAGGAAGUUUAUACUUCACAGUUAGCUCAGGGUUAGUUCAACAACCUCUGAAAUCCUUUCUGCUAGGAAGCACUGACAAUACUGACCCAAGGAUCUGUGCAAGCUAGAAUCUCUCAACUAACCUCCCUCUGUUUCUUGGUCUUUAAAAACUCCCAUAUUUAAACAGUUCAGAACCACAACAUUCAUUUUCUUUCCAACAAAUUUUACUCCUCUGCUUAAGUUUCAAUGCCUGCAGAUUCUUGACAUCAGGUAUGUGGACAAAUUAAAGACAGUGGACAAAUUAAAGAAAGAAGGGAGGAAGGAAUAUUUCUUCAUUGUUUCUGAGAGCAGGGAAUCAUAGAACAUGUGAAGGAACAGAGAGCAAGGUGGAAAAACACUGUGGAGAAUAUAACUGUAAUUAGAAUGUGGCAUUUCUGUUAACUAUCUGCAUGGUUCUUCUCUCUAACCAAACUCUAGCCAGAGCCAUGGAUAAAAAAUAUCUUAUUUAUUCUCUCCUCUUUGAGCUGCUUGAAUGAGAGGGAGUUUGAGCCAAAUCUGGUGUGAUAUUCCCAUCAGCCUGCAGCACUCCAGCCAUGCACAUCCGGGGUGAGCCCUUGUCUUGGCUUCUCUUAACCAAGCUUUGGAUGACAAAUGUCCCUUUAGGGAUAUAUUCUGCAGCUGCACUUUACCGUGACUGAGUCUGAGAAUGUGCUAAAUAUUUCACAGGCAGCUGAAUGUUACAGGAUGCUGUCUAGACUGCUAAAAUCAUAUUUGGUGUACUGCUGUUCUCUGAGUUAGUGGGAGAUGUGCAUUUGUAAUGUACCGAUUGUAAAUCUUGCUAUUUUGGUGUUGGUUUGUGUUUUGGUUGUCUUUACACAUCAUUUUUAAAGUAUUAAUAAAA